AUGAGCAACGGAAUUACACGACUGGAGGCUGACUCUGGGCGGUGUGUUGGCAGUCACACGCAUCCUUCACAAAUUAGGGCGGCUUUCUUUUCACCGAACAAUCGACUCCUGGCACUCGAAACAUCAGGGGAAAGUCUGGAUAUCGUUGAAGUUGACACCGAGAAGAUCAUUCAAUCAAUAGAUGACGUGUCUUCAUUGAGCUUCUCCCCUGACAAUCUUCAGCUAGCAACAUGGCGCUGGCAGUGGCAGGGACAGGAUACCGUCGCCUUGUGGCAUAUCGGCAGCGAGAAGCCCGUCUGGAAGGUUCCGAUUGAUGCAAAUGAUCUGGCUUUCUUCGGAAAUGACCGAGUGGCUGUCCGGUGCAGGGACGGCGGGAUCACUGUCCGGGCAACAACAGACGGCUCCGAGCUCCACGCAUUGUCAUGCCACCCUCGAGCCGGGUCGAUAACCUGGCUGGGCACAGGGUUGAGCUACGUGUGCUGGUGUUACGACAAUACGAUCAAAAUCUACGACGACACAGGGAUAACAUGUGUGAAGUCGCUCCCUACGACAACCCAAUCUCUCCAUGGCAUGGAGCACGAUGGAGGCAGAUACGCAUUCUCUCCGGCCACUCACUCACUGGCGUGGGCCGGCCACGCAGCAAUAAGGCUAUGGGACUUGAACAUGAGCAACUUUCCGGAUAAAGUCGAUGAAGAGCCAGACGAAACCCUCUCGGACCCUGUUGCAGCGCUUGCCUUCUCUCCAAGUACGUCAAAUAAGGCGCUGCUUGCCUCGGGGUCCAUCUCUCAUGUCACGCUGUGGACUCUGAAUUCGGGAAAGAUCUCAAAGCUGCAUAGGCUCUCUUCAUCAAAUCGACCAGAUUUCAUAUUCUCUCCCGAUGGUAAAAGGCUGGUGGCGUGCGAAAUCAAUGGCUUCUUCCAAGCUUGGGACACAGCCAGUGGUAUCCCAUGUGGCGAGCGGCACUUUACUGGCCUCAACAGGCCUCCAUGCUUUUCGCCAGAUGGAGAGACCCUCGCGCUCGCCCUUGGCACUUAUGGCGUGAGUGUCUGGGACUUUGAGAAGCAAGAUGUCAUAGAGACAAUCUCCCAGCCCGCCGACCAGGUCUUGUUCUCACAUGCCGGCCAGCGCCUGGCAUUUGCUUACCACGGACACGUUGAAGUCUGGGAUGUGUCACCGUUCCGACGUCUUCAUACCUUGGAUGUUGACUAUGACCCCCCUCAGCGGUUUGCAGCGACUGCGUUCAUGUUCAUCGCGUUCUCGCCAGACGACGGAUCUCUCGCUGUGGCCACCAAUCACCACGUCCAUGUUUGGUCAGUGGGUGAUACCGAGCCGCGUGUUCGAAUUCCUUGGAUUUACAAAGCACGCACCCAGUGGAGAUCUGUAGCACUGUCGCCUGAUGGCAACUUCGUCGCUGUUGCUGUCGACCGGCGCGUCUGGAUAUGGCACCUGGGCCAUCCCGUCGCAACCCCACCCCUGCAAUUUGAGCUCCCACACAAGACGAAGACUUGUCGCUUUGACGAUGAUAGUACUCGUCUUUUUGUGGACGGUGGCGCCGUUGUCUUGCCACUGGCGGUUCGUGUUGCUGACGAUGGCUGGCCCGAGGCACACGACAAGCUGGUCUUUCACGGCUACGGUCUCAGCAAGGACUGCGUGUGGAUCACGAAAGACAAUCAAAAGUUGCUCUACUUGCCGCAAGAAUUCCGGCCGAGAGAUCACCCGAGUAGAUCUUGGUCAGACGAGGUUGCAUUUAUGGGCUCGACGGUGGCUAUUGGGUCCCAGUCCGGGCGUGUCCACUUUUUGAGGUUCCAUGACUCCUCCAGUCCGGCAGAUGUCGUUGGUGUGAAUGAAUCUCACAGGUAUCGGGCUUCAAAGAUUAUCCUUCCAUAG